AUGGCCACCACAGAUCCCGCCCUCCGACCCGGCCAACCCGUCGCUCCCGAUCAAGCCCAAGGAGCUCAAGUAUCUCUUCUCCCUCCCACCCAAUCCCCUCGCUUCUCCCACCUACUGACCAUGCAUUCAUCAUCCCCCAGAUUCCCCUUCAGACCUUCACCCUCCCCGACUUUCCCCCCGAAGCCCGCUCCCUCCGCGCCCUCACCCUCACGUCUGACAUCAAACUCGACGAAUACCAAUCCCUCCUCUCCCAACCCUUCCACAUCCCCGACUCCCUCCCCUCCGCCAUCGAAUCCCUCACCCUCGAACUCUUCUCCAUGGGCUACCCACCCGGCUUCCUCACCGCCCUCUCCCACAAGCUCCCAAACCUGAAGAGCGUAGUCAUCUACUCCCAACUCUUCGCCGGAAUCACCCAAGACUCCAUGCAAGACGCCGUCCAAUUCUUCAAAAACCUGCAAGGCUUGAGAGCACUGCAUCUAUUGGAUGUCUUUGCGAAACCGCAUUUCUUUGAACGCGCCGCUCCGUGGUUGAGAUAUAAUACCUCCGACACCCCCGGGGAAGCGAGAAGGGGGUUGAUGUUCUUGGAAUGCAACUACACCUUCCGACAUGAGGAUGAGGAGUUCAUGGGCAAGAUCCAAGCUCCCGAGUUACCCCUGAUGAUUGGACCCGGUCUGAUCUCCCUCUCUCUGAACUUGUCAGAGCCCGAAUCGGCCGAGGAUGAUGAGGAUGAUCCCACCAAUGUAGCUGGAUCUGGGAAUAAGGUAUGGCUCCCACGGACAGAAGACACACGGCCGCCUCAAUCCUAUCCUCUUUGUGCCUCACUCUACCACGGAACUUGGCUAAUCGCACACCUCCUGUAUGUAGGAGGGCAUCAUGGCAUUCAACAAGACUCUAUCGGAGCCCCUGAUGAAAGCUCUGACCGACGACUUAACAUGCCCCAAAGGACUUCGAGCACUGAACACCACCCUCUACACCCUGACACCGGACCAACUCAAGAAAAUCCUCGAGGUACAGAAAAACGUCAUGGUCCUGGGUGUGACCGCCGAAGUCGAGCCCGGAGCAGAGUACAAGAAGGCAUUGCUCGAGACCAUGGGCGGCUUGAAGCAUCUGGAGCAGAUUGAAGUCAUUGCGAAUCCGAGCUUGCAGUUCUUCAUGGAGGUAAGAUACAACCCCGUCAUCUCAUCUCAUCUGGAUCGAGUGUUACUCCCCCAUCUCAUCCGGAUCGACUGUUUCUCGCCUACGAUGGCGAAUACGCCGACGAUAUUACAUUACACAUUUCUCCCCGUUUCGAUACGUGCACUCUGAGCUGCGCUGAUAGACGAACUUGCGCCUCAUCAUCAGGUGCAGAAUACCCGCUCCCAGGUCUUGCAGAAGACCUUCCCUUCGGCCGAUGAUCUCGACGAGCUGUCCAAGAAGUGUGAGAAGCUGGGCAGCUUCAAGGCCAAUGUGCUGAGGACGACGUCGCUGGGGACUGUCGAAUGGUCGAGAGAGUCGGGCAAAUGGCAAGGCGGUGCGAGACCGGGCAAGGGAAUGGCCUCGGUCGUCUCCGCGUAG